AUGGAUGACGUGCUCCCCCUGUCGGUCGGAGCCGGAAGGGCCCGCGCCGCCGGCGCCGCCCGCCCCUCCGCGGAUUGUCCGUGUCGCCCCGGGAGGGGGCCCAAUAAAGUUUUCAGCGCCUCCCCGGCGCCCCCCAAGUCUCGCGAGAGCGCGGCCGGGCCGGGGCAGAUGGCUGAGGAGGAGGCGCCGCGGGCGCCGCCAUGGCGGGCGGGCCCGGCGCUGAGGCGAGCGGCCCACGACGUGCGGUCGUCGCGGACGCGGACGGGGGACGCGCUGGGGCCGGAGCCCGCCUCCUUCGGGGCGCUGCUGCUGUCGGGGCCCGUGCUGGAGGGGCUGCGGGCGGCCGGCUUCGAGCGGCCCUCCCCGGUGCAGCUAAAGGCCAUCCCGCUCGGACGCUGCGGGCUCGAUUUGAUCGUCCAAGCCAAGUCAGGCACAGGAAAAACCUGUGUGUUCUCCACUGUGGCGUUGGACUCUCUGAUACUCGAAAAUCCAGCAACUCAGAUCCUGGUAUUGGCUCCUACUAGAGAGAUUGCGGUGCAGAUUCAUUCAGUCAUCACCGCCAUUGGAGUCAAGUUGGAAGGUUUGGAAUGCCAUGUCUUCAUUGGAGGAACCCCUUUAUUUCAAGACAAAUCCAGACUCAAGAAGUGUCAUAUAGCGGUUGGCUCUCCAGGUAGAAUAAAGCAGCUGAUAGAGCUUGACUACCUGAACACAGCCAGUAUUCGUCUUUUUAUUCUUGAUGAGGCAGACAAACUUCUAGAAGAAGGCAGCUUCCAAGAACAAAUAAAUUGGAUUUAUUCCUCUCUGCCUGCCAACAAACAGAUGCUCGCGGUAUCGGCUACUUAUCCGGAGUGCUUGGCUAAUGCUUUGACCAGGUACAUGAGGGAUCCUACGUUUGUGAGGCUGAACUCCUCUGACCCAAGUCUCAUUGGUCUGAAGCAGUAUUAUAAAAUAGUGAAUUCUCAUCCCUUGCCCCAUAAGACUUUUGAGGAGAAAACUCAGCAUUUGCAGGAACUGUUUAGCCGAAUUCCAUUUAAUCAAGCCUUGGUCUUCUCUAAUCUGCACAGCAGGGCUCAGCAUCUGGCUGAUAUCUUGACCUCCAAAGGUUUUCCAGCUGAGUGCAUUUCAGGCAGCAUGAAUCAGAACCAACGUCUGGAUGCCAUGGCUAAACUUAAGCAGUUCCACUGCAGAGUUCUCAUUUCGACAGACUUGACUUCCCGAGGAAUUGAUGCAGAGAAGGUGAAUCUGGUUGUGAAUUUGGACGUUCCAAUGGACUGGGAGACCUACAUGCAUCGGAUUGGCCGAGCUGGCCGCUUCGGUACUUUAGGACUGGCUGUGACCUACUGUUGCCGUGGUGAGGAAGAGAACGUAAUGAUGACCAUAGCCCAGAAAUGUAACCUGAACCUCCUCUGUUUGCCAGACCCGAUCCCAGCUGGCUUGAUGGAAGAAUGUUUGGAGUGGGAUGUGGAAGUCAAAGCCGCCGUGCCCUCAGCAAGGUCGGUGAGCGCUCCUAGGCUUCCUCUUCAGAAAGCAGCUCUGAAACCAGAACAAGACAGCGGGAGCCCAGGAGCGGUGCAGCACCUUGCAGCUCCCCCAGACUCUGCCACUUCUCCUGCAGUCGCAACAAAGUCAAAAAGAUGCAAACCAAAACUCUCCAGAAAAGACCCUGGCGACUGGCUGCAGCCGGAAAAAGCAGAGCCCCCAAACUCUGUGCAACCCCUGGACCCAGGGACCAAGGUCCUUGAGACUCUUAGACAAAGUGGCAGUAGUAAGCCCCAAGGCAAAGAAGCGUCCCAAAGCCCGCUUCCCAAAAUUCCCUGUCUCUCCUCCUUUAAAGCCCAGCUCCCGUCCCUGACUUGGACUUUUGCUGAACUGGUGGAGGACUACGAACACUUUAUUAAAGAAGGGCUAGAGAAGCAGGUCCAAAUCAUCAGACAUUACACCGGCCCCGAGAAGCAGACCGGACCCCACCAAAACGGUCCAGCGGAACGGCAAAAGUCUGAAGAGAGCGGGCAGGCCCCGGUGAGCCAGUUCCAGUCUGAGUAUUCCGAUAGCGAGGGCGAUUCCUACAGCUCCGGGGCUUCCUCCUCCUGCAAAGGCAAUGAGUUUCACUUAGAAGGCUCUUCCGACAGCCAAGCGCAAGAUGGCGGGCGGGACAUGGACACUGGGGACUGGACCCCGCCAAGCCAGAGCCCAAAGGUACGUGCCACCCCCCGGCCAGAGCCCGAGGGGCCACCUCAAAUCCACACUCGUCGUUUGGGGAAGGGGCCGUCAGCCAAACAGAAUGCCAAGCGGAGCUGGAAGAGGAUCGCCCAGCAGUCCUCCCGCCCCUUCCAGCGAGAAUCCCGAGAAGACAGUUGGGAUGACUGUUCCCGUGACCGUUCUGGCGACAGGCUCCGUGGCUUUGGCUCUGAUCCUCAGAGUUAUGAGAAUUACUGGAGAUCUUACUAUCAGGCGUGGCAGCAUUACUACAUGUCAGCGUCUCACCUGUACUCUCGAAACAUGCAGAGGCACUCCAACUGGAUGACAGCAUAUCACAUGAACGCCGUGUAUCUCCAGGAAUUGAUGCGAGGAGACCUGUAAUUGAAGUACAUGGGGCUCGCUGAGCCUUCAGGGGGCCUAGAGGAAAUGUAGAUCGAUGGCUGGCAGACGGCAGAACCGUUCUCUCCAUCCCCCAGGAUGACCAAGGAGGCUGUGAGCGGCUUGGGACUUGGGUGGGGCUGAAACUGUUCUUCCUUUUCCUUCCUGUCCUUUUGGGGAAGUUUUGUAGUUCCACUCUGUUGACUUGAGAACCAUCUUCAAUAUUCUGGAUAGCCUCUUAAAUGUUCUUAUAUACCAUUCCCCUAUUGCCCCUUCAUUAAAAACUACUGCCAGCUCAGAGAACCCA